AGCUCGAUCGGAGGCCUGCCAGUUUCAAUUGAGCCGGUGCCAGCAACAGUUCUCUUAGUGAUUUCGAUUCCAAAUCCCCCAGUAAAACCAUACAAAUGGCAACUGCAACCAGCGGCAGUGGACUCCAUCUGGAGGCCAUCGAUCGCAUCGGAUCCAUUCCCUUGGUGGAGUCCAGCGUGAAGCGAGUGGAGACCAUCUACGACAAAGUCAAGAACAACAAUAGGCUAUUCUCCUGGUACUUUGAGACUGCCGAGGCCACCAUCUCAGCGGCCUACGAUACCGUCCAGCCGGCGGUGAAGCUAUUCGAGCCUUCAAUCCGACGACUGGACACUGUGAUGUGCAAGAGCCUUGACAUCCUGGAGCAAAGAAUACCACUGGUCUACCUGCCACCCGAAAUGAUGUACUGGAACACCAAGGAGUACAUGUCGGAUCACCUGGUGCGUCCGGUCCUCAAGCGCGCUGAUUCCGUCAAGCAGAUCGGAAACGCGGUGCUUGAGAGUCCGCUGACCACCUACGCCGCCGAUCGCAUCGAUGGCGCCUUCACAGUCGGCGACAAGUUCGUGGACAAGUACCUGGUGCCCAUCCAAACGGACCAGGAUCAGACCGAUGUUCAAAAAUUGAUUUCGACCCUGGAUGGUCAUAUUCGACCACACAUAACGCGAAUCUUUGGCCAAAAAACUCCGCAGGAGGAUGAUAACGAGGCGGUACCCAAUGAACGGGGCGCCCUCAAGGCGAUCCAUCACGGUCAACGAUUCUCCCGCAAACUGAAGCGCCGACUCACCCAAAGAACCAUCGCAGAGGCGCGCGCCCUUAAGAAACAGAGCAAGGAGGCGAUCCAUGUGCUCAUCUAUGCCGCCGAACUGAUUGCCACCGAUCCCAAGCAGGCUGUUCAAAAGGCCAAGGAACUGUGGGUGUAUCUCAGUGCAGAUGAGCCCGAAAAUCAGGCCAGACCCGCCACUCUGGAGCAGUUGAUAGUGCUCCUUACCCGUGAAUCGGCCAGACGAGUGGUGCAUCUAGUGAACUUCAGUGCCAAUGUGGCGGCCAAUAUUCCCAGAAACCUGGCGCACACGACCACAGAAGUGGCCCACCAAAUCGUGUACAUCAACAACCGCAUUAUCACAAUAUCCGGUCUGGAAAAGGUGAAGUCCUUAUCCAAGGAAGAAGCUGAAUCUCUCUUCAAGCGCAUGCUGGCCUUCUACGGCAGUCUGCAGGGUCUGACAAACGCCUACCUGGAACGCGUUGCAAGCUUUCUUUCCGGACGCAUGGAAGCCGAGAAGGUGACGGGCAGUGAUAGUUCGAAUUCAAACCACAGGUCUUCGCGGAGAAGGCAGGAGCCGAACCAUUACCCAGCCGCCCACAAUAACAUCAACGGCGUCUACUAGCAUUGAAUUCUUUAUUGCGAUCGUAUUCUUAUUUCUUAUGAUAGAGUUCUGUUUCUCCGUACACAUACGGAAAACUCAGUAAACGAUAUUGUACAUCUUUUUUUACACAACGCAUUUGCUAAUAAUAUACAUAAGAUCAAUAUCAUA